AUCUUAUAUUCAAAGUGUUUGUAUAGUUUUGAAAUUCCUCCAAAAUGUAUAAGCAAAAUAUUAAAAAUUGUUCUUAUUUAUUCUGUAUAAUAAUGAUAAGCGCUAUAUUUGGAAAUACUUUAGCUGAACUUGAAGAGUGCGAAAAAAUUGUAAUAGAGGGCGGAUCACAAGCUCUUAAAAAAAUAUUCGCCGAUUUUAGUGAAAUGAAAACAGCCAUUAAUGAAUUGAAAUCAAGUAGUAUUCACGAAUGUGUUUCAAAUAAUGAAACCAAACUUAGAGACCUGCCGCUAUUGGAUGUUCGUUACGAUAGUUUACCCAAGCAAUGUGUCAAAGAAAAAUUGCCAAAAGAUUGUGCCGCUGCAACGGCAUGUACACAACGCAGUGGGAUUUACAAAAUUCAAAUCGAUCAGUACAGUUUUGAACCGUUUUAUGUGGAAUGUGAUGCCGAUACCGAGAAUGGUGAUUGGCUCCUGAUACAAAGACGUCAUGAUGGCUCCGUAGAUUUCCUACGCAACUGGGAAGACUACGAAAAAGGUUUCGGUGAUGUCGAUGGAGAGUUUUUUAUUGGUUUGAAAAAGCUAUACGCUCUAACGAACUACAAUGGACCCCAGGAGUUAAUGAUCGUAAUGGAAGAUGCAAAUUCCACCAAAGCCUAUGCAAAAUAUGAUACAUUUGCCAUAGCAAAUGAUACGGAAUUUUAUAAAUUAAAGAAAUUGGGAAAAUUCACGGGCACAGCCGGAGAUUCACUUACUGGACAUUUGGGUAUGAAAUUCUCCACAAAAGAUCGUGAUAAUGAUACCCACGCUACUUUAAAUUGUGCGGCUAAUUUCACGGGAGCAUGGUGGUAUACUGCUUGUCAUAGUAGUAAUCUUAAUGGCAAAUUUGGCGAUAAUACAUAUGCCAAAGGUAUAGUUUGGAGGUCUUAUCGUGGUCACAAUUCCUCGCUUAAAUAUGUCAAAAUGAUGAUACGUCGCCGCAGAAAUUCCCCAUAAAAUAUGUUUUUAUUGUUUUGAAAUUAAAUUAAAAAUAAAUGUAAUAUAACUUAGAGAUCUUUAAAAA